AUGGCUCAACUAUCGGGAGAAGAUCCAGUCUCUCAGAUCACUCAAACUGUGGUGCAAAAUCUCGAGGAUCAACAUGACUGGACCUCCGUCGAGACUCAUCACGGGGCUGGACAGCGCCCUUUGAUCAAGGGUCUCCCUCCACGACGCCUAUACAUUCACCCAGACGAUCAAAUCGCGGCCUUAGAGCACGAGCAUUCUACUGGAGUCCUUCUGCACCAGGAACCAGAAUUCGAAUGGGUUUUAGCUGUUCAUCCCGCAGAGAAGUGGACUCUUUCCCGAAUUGCCAGCGUUUUCGACUCGGUGGAACACGCUGGCGAACGAGCGAAACGCAUCGUACUAGGGACGGUGCACAAUGACUCAACAGUGGUGUAUUACCUACUACAUGAAGGAUUGGUGAAGCCCCGCCAGAAUUAA